CGGCGAGCAGCGACCAUGGCUCCUCCCUCACCACCACAGCAGCACCAAGAAACAACUCCGGCUGUUAGCUCGACCGUACCAAGACCGACCCUCUCUCUAUAGUCUAUCUCCAGCUUCCAGCAGCAGCAUGUCGGCCACCUGCGGCAACUGCGACUGUGCUGACAAGACCCAGUGCACGAAGAAGGGCGACAGCUAUGGCGCCGUCGUAGUUGACACCGAGAGGUACAUCGUUGAGGAGGAGGUGACCGUUGCGGAGCACGACGGCGCCUGCAAGUGCGGCGCCAGCUGCUACUGCGGCACCAGCUGCAGCUGCGGCAAGUGAAAGCCCGCCGCCCAUCCGUCCUCAGCAUCAUCCAUGUCCUCGUCCUCGUCGUCGUCGUCGUAUAAAUAAACCAUGCAUCGCGCCGUGCACUGCCACUGCACUGCACUGAUUGCUCAAUGCAAUCAGAUGAGGCAUGCAUGAUUGCGCUCCCUCUGUCAUGUGACGAUGUACCUGUGUUUAUGUGUGCAAUGAAACCUAUCUCGUGUGGUUUGACUAGUAA